AUGGUCAAAGUUACAGUCUGUGGAGCCGCCGGAGGAAUCGGCCAGCCACUCUCCAUGCUAUUGAAGUUGAAUCCUCAAGUUUCACAUUUGUCCUUGUUUGAUAUUGUCAACGCAAAAGGUGUUGCUGCCGACUUGUCUCACAUCAACACUCCAGCUGUGGUCACUGGCCAUCAGCCAGCUUCGAAGGAGGAUACCACUGCCAUAACUGAAGCCUUGAAAGGUUCUCAGGUGGUGGUCAUUCCAGCGGGAGUGCCUAGAAAGCCGGGAAUGACCAGAGCAGACUUGUUCAAUAUCAAUGCUUCCAUCAUCAGAGACUUGGUUGCUAACAUUGGCAAAACCUGUCCAGAUGCGGCCAUCUUGAUUAUUUCCAACCCGGUAAAUGCUACAGUGGCCAUCGCUGCCGCUGUGUUGAAGAAAUUGGGUGUUUUCAACCCCAGAAAGUUGUUUGGUGUAACUACUUUGGACUCCGUUCGUGCUGAGACUUUCUUGGGCGAAUUGAUCGGUGAGGCUCCUGACUCUUUGAAGGGUAAAAUUUCUGUGAUCGGUGGCCAUUCGGGCGACACCAUUGUGCCACUUAUCAACUUUGACAAGUCUCUUUCCGCCAAGGUGAGCAAAAUUUCUGAGGCUGACUACAAGGCGUUUGUCCACAGGGUUCAAUUCGGUGGAGAUGAAGUAGUGAAGGCCAAGAAUGGUGCAGGCUCUGCUACGUUGUCUAUGGCUUACGCUGGAUACAGAUUCGCUGAAGGAGUUUUGGCGUCCUUGUCUGGAAAAGGAGAGGGAGUCAAGGUUCCAGACUCUGCGUACAUUUACUUGCCAGGAACCCCAGGGGGACCUCAGUUGGCCAAGACGCUCAAUGAGGUAGAAUUCUUCUCUGUUCCUGUGUUUUUGAAGAACGGAUCCGUGGACUCGUUUGUGGACCCAGCCGAGUUAAUAAAGACUUCUGGUGAGAAGGAGAUGGUGAAGAUUGCGCUUCAGGGCUUGGAGAAGUCCAUUGCACAGGGCACCAACUUUGUCACCGGUGCAAAAAUAUAA